ACCGUGCGGUAGGGUGCAAGUUAUUGUACCGUACUACAGCCUUCGCAGAACCCCCAGCUCCUUUAAUAGUUCCCAUGUACCCAACUCUAAACACAAUGGCAGAAACAAUCGAACGCCUCUCCACUCCUCCGGAUACUGGUCCCACGUCUGAUUCAGCUCCGGCCUCUGCCGCACCGCCAUCCCUCGAUACCACACAACGCGGUCGCGUUGACAUCGCGUCUUCCCCACCCCCACGGGCAGCAUCACCCAUCGUGACAAUUGCAUCACUUGCCCAACGUUUCCAGAAUGAAACCCAACUCAACCACUACCUCCUCUCUCUCAGCAAAGCCGAACUUGCUGCAAUUAUCGUCUCCGAGGCAGGGAAAUCCCCCACCACCAUUCCCCCCGCCCACGAAAGCAACAAAUAUGCACACUGCGUCUACUGCCACGAAAUCUUCGACAAAGAAUACAAUGUCGGCUGCCAAGUAAAGCACUACGGUCAUCUCGAACAUAUCGACUAUGAUACCAACGAAUUCACCUGCUGUGGGCUUUCCCUUGAUUAUACGGAUUAUGAUUCGCAAUGCCAUGCGGCGCCAGAGGACGAAGAACCCUACUGCUAUGAGGGUGGGCACUGGGAUAGGCUUAUUAAUCAGGACGAUCACCAGGAGGGGACCUGGUGGCAGGGGUGGGAGGGGAGCCGCAGGACUUGUGGGGACAUGGGGUGUCGGGGGAUGGUUAAUCCGAAGAAGCGGAGGUGAGCUUUAUCUUGUGCUCGUUUUCCUGUUUCGUGAGGUUGCUUGCUUGCGGGUUUGUCUCGGGUCUCAUUCAGAGGUUUAGGCAUUAUUGAAUGGAACGCACCGAUCCACCGAAUCCUUGAAGCGAUGGAGGGCUAAGUGGUGGUGCGGGAAACCUAUUUUCCUGUUUUCCCUUUUUUCUCUAUGGCUUUUCGGAGGCUUUCCUGCUUGUAACCCAAUUGAGCUAUCCAGGGGUCAGUACGUGGAGGGGGGGUAUUUAUAUGGGAUCAGGUUUUCCCGGUCUUUAAUUUCUGAGGAGAAUAUAGCUAGGGGGUCUUUCUCUGUCCAUUCAAGUUUAAGAAGAGUACUAUACAUCCCGAGCGAUACCAAGCGAUUUCAUACUACAAACUCUUGCUGGAUGGAUGUGGCUCCAGAGGACCAGGCUCCAUAUCAAAUACCCGACGCCAAUAAUCAGUUGUUUUGGGUAGAGGAACAACAGGGGUGUGGUCAAAGAGUAAAGAGAGCGAAAUAAGACAUGGCGAUUCCACCAACA